AUGAAAUCCAGUGUAAAGACAGACAAUCUCUCUGAACAAAAAAAAACAUUUGAACAAAUUAAUAACAUGUCUAUUAAACGUAACUACGGUAAAGAUGAUAAAUUAAAACAUCUAAAACACACGAAAAAAGUUAAAUUGAUCCAUUCAGAUGAUGAACUGGAUUAUCAUAAUAGCGAUCUUCCAUCAGAAGAAGAAGCGUUAUUUAGUAUAUUAAACCAAAAACACGUGAUAAAACCUAAAACAGAAAUUAUAUUUGGCAUUAUCGUCUCUGAAAAAAU